AGUUACACGAUUUCGAAUUCACCCGGUCGAUCGGCGCUAAUAACCCCACUUCAACGUUCCCCUAUCAGGUGUCUAAUUCAUCCGAUCGAUCGGCAAACUGAAACCCUACUUCACGGUGUUGCAUACAUAGAAUUCACCAUGGCGGGUAUGGGUGAUGGGUACGUUGGCACGGCGCAGGAUGCCGUUCGGAUCCGACGUCUCGAGAAGCAGAGAGAAGCCGAGCGCCGCAAAAUACAAGAGCUCAAGAACAAAACCGCCUCUUCUAAAGGCCAGCCCGGUCUCCUCCAAUUCGGCUCCAGCACCUCUGAGAUUCUCGAGACUGCAUUCAAGAAGGAAACUGUUGGUCUGGUCACUAGAGAACAAUAUGUUGAGAAGAGGGUGAAUAUUAAAAACAAAAUUGAAGAGGAAGAGAAGGAGAAGCUCCUAAAGCUGCAGCAAGAGGAGGAGGAGCUUCAGUUGCAGAAAUUGAAGAAGCGGAAAAUAAAGGCGGACCCUCGUCUAUCUUUUGCUGAUGAUUUUGAGAAUGACAACGAAGAGGAAGACGAGGAAAAUAACAAUGAAGAAUUUAGUCGGCGAAAAUUUGGAAAAUAUGGAAAAGAUCCUACAGUUGAAACCAGCUUUUUGCCAGAUAGUGAGAGAGAGGCAGAAGAACAAGCUGAGCGUGAAAGAUUGCGGAAACAGUGGCUUCGUGAGCAGGAGCAGAUAAAGAAUGAGCCUCUUGAGAUCACUUACAGCUACUGGGAUGGUACUGGCCAUCGGCGAGUGAUUCAGGUGCGGAAAGGUGAUACAAUAGGGGAGUUUCUUCGUGCUGUCCAACAGCAGCUUGCUCCUGAAUUCCGAGAGGUUCGAACUGCUUCAGUGGAGAAUCUGCUUUAUGUGAAAGAAGAUCUCAUCAUUCCGCAUCAACACAGUUUCUACGAGCUUAUUGUGAAUAAGGCUAGAGGGAAAAGCGGACCGCUUUUCCACUUUGAUGUGCAUGAGGAUGUUCGAACCAUUGCUGAUGCGACAAUCGAGAAAGAUGAGUCACAUGCUGGUAAAGUUGUGGAGAGACAUUGGUACGAGAAGAACAAGCACAUAUUUCCAGCUUCAAGAUGGGAGAUAUAUGAUCCAACGAAGAAGUGGGAGCGAUAUACAAUUCAUGGGGAUUGAUUUAAUGCAACUUCCCUUGUCUUGGGCUAUUGGUUGACUGGAGCCCGCUUCACCAGCUUUUUGCAUUAUAGACAGCAGUUAGUUUCCUUUACAAAUCAAGUUCUGAUGUCUAUAUUGAGUUGUAUUUAAUAGAAGUAGGCUAUGAAUGACAGCAGUGCAACUCUAAUGUGCUGAUUGAAUUGAGUACCGAAAUUGUGUGCUGUGCUACCAGCAUUUAUAAUACUAGUACAUUACAUGCAUAUGAAGUGUCAAUAUAAUAUAUUGCUCUGGAUAA